AUGUUGGAUGCGCUUCCAAAGCAGUGGUUGCCGCAGACAUGGCGUAUGAGUUCCCUUCUUUCAAUCCUCAACCACACGUCGUCAUCGGCGUCGUCGCCGAUCUCCCGUUUGGCCCCCGAGCUCCUCAUCUCCAUCUUUGAGCUCGUGCCGCUCCUCUGCCGAGCUGAUACACCCCCCAAAUCCCACGACCUUGGCUGGAUAGCUAUCUCCCAUGUCUGUCGCCGCUGGCGGAUCAUCGCACUCAAUGUGCCCUACCUCUGGCUGGGGAUAUCUUCUCCCACGUUGCCGUGGAUGCAAGAGAUAUUGUUGCGCUCGCAACCUAUGUCGAUCGAUGUCCGGUUUAAUCUCGAUGCUCUCGAAAACCCCUACUCGUCGUGGCAGGCCUUUGCGCUUGCUAUGCAAAACAUACCGCGCAUGCGCAGUCUGCAUCUCACGGGCCAGGUCGUGGACACGUUACUCCGGACCCAGUACUCGACCCCCGCGCCAUUCCUCGAGGAUCUCCGCCUCGAGCUCGCUUCGAUUCCGCCUCUCGGCGAUCCCUUUUAUCCCGACUCUCUUUUCGGUGGCGAGACCCCUGUACUACGAGCACUCUUCCUCAAGGGCUUGAGCAUCCGUCUGUCUUCCCCAAUCCUGCCCGCGUUGUCGUCACUAGCGAUUCACGGCGACACGCGCACCCCGCGCCAUACACUAGCUCAGUGGCUCGAUGCGCUCGCGCGCAUGCCUAAGCUCGAGACCCUUCACCUCGUCCAAGCCCUGUCCCGCACACCGCUCGCAGGCGCCGACUCCACCUUCGACUCGUCGCCAUCAACAGUCGCCCUCCCCGUCCUCAACGCCCUCCUCUUCGCCAACAACACCCUCGCCGACUGUGUCAUGUUCACCAGCCGCCUCGCCAUUCCCUCUUCCGCGUCCGUCGAAGUACGCACCUACGUCACAUCCGCCGAAGAGCUCUCCCCGCGCGCGCUCAUCCCGUCGCACGCGCACACGUCGAUCGCAGCGCUCCACAUCACGCACAGCGCUACCGGAUUCUCGAUCGCAGGCGCGCUGGUCGCCGGUGCCGCGCCCGUCUUCGUCCUAUCCAUCGUCAUCCCCGACCCGUCCGCCGUCGCACCGGCCAUCCUGGCCGCCCUCGCACACUUUAACGUCGCCUCCGUGCGCAGCCUUUUCAUCGACCUCGGCGGGCUCACGCUCGACUGGUCGCGCGUCCUCUCCCGCCUGCCCGCGCUUGACGCCAUCCGCGUCCGCGGCGCAGCGCUGCACGUCUUCCCCCCGGCGCUCGUGCGCGCUGCGGCCGACACAGAGCUGGCGUGUCCCGGGCUGAAGCGCCUCGAAUUCGAGCACCGCCCGCCCGCGUUUGGCGCGCGGCUCAACAAGAGUUUCUUUGUGGCGUUAAAGGACGCGGUGGAUGCGCGCGCGGCGGACGGGUUGGCUCUCGAGGAGCUCGUCGUGUUUGGGGAGGCGGUGUCGCUGCGGCCGGGCUCUGAGGGCUUCGAGGCGAUGGGGCUACGGAAGGUCCCGAGAGAAUUCCUUUGAAGGACGGCGCGGGCGGUGGGUGCUCGGAUCUUGAUAUCCAAAGCGUGUGCGCAGACGCGAAUGAUUACUGUAGCUCGAACUUUGUCGGUGGUGGCGGGUUACGUGCUCAUUCUAUGUCACGUUGUCGAGCC